AUGGACAACCGCAGACACCCCAGCUCCUUCCAGCAGCUGGAGAAGCUGGGUGAGGGCACAUAUGCAACUGUGUUCAAAGGCCGCAACCGCCAGACAGGCGAGCUCGUCGCGCUCAAGGAGAUCCACCUCGAUUCCGAAGAAGGCACCCCAUCGACGGCCAUCCGUGAGAUAUCCCUUAUGAAGGAAUUGAAGCACGAGAACAUCGUCCUGCUGCACGACGUCAUCCACACUGAGAAUAAGCUGAUGCUGGUCUUCGAAUACAUGGACAAGGACCUGAAAAAGUACAUGGACGCACGCGGCGAUCGGGGCGCCCUCGACCCGGCCACCAUCAAGUCCUUCAUGUACCACCUGCUUCGUGGUAUUGCCUUCUGCCAUGAAAAUCGUGUGUUGCACCGCGAUCUCAAGCCGCAGAACCUGCUCAUCAACACUCGAGGCGUGCUCAAGCUGGCCGACUUUGGUCUUGCGCGAGCCUUCGGUAUCCCAGUCAAUACUUUUUCCAACGAGGUCGUUACUUUGUGGUAUCGCGCGCCGGAUGUCUUGCUCGGCUCCAGAACAUAUAGCACUAGUAUUGAUAUCUGGUCGGCGGGUUGCAUCAUGGCGGAGAUGUACACGGGAAGACCCCUCUUCCCCGGGACCACCAACGAGGACCAGCUCCAGAAGAUCUUCCGUCUCAUGGGUACGCCUUCGGAACGCUCAUGGCCUGGAAUCUCACAAUUCCCGGAAUACAAGGCCAACUUUCCAGUCUACGCAACCCAAGAUCUGCGGCUUAUUUUGCCGCAGAUCGACCAGGUCGGUUUGAGUCUUCUCAACAGCAUGCUGCAACUACGUCCCGAGAUGCGGAUAUCCGCCUCUGCCGCCCUCAACCACCCUUGGUUCAACGACCUACCGCAGCGACAGCAGCAGCAUGCCCAGGCCAUGGCGGCCGCACAGGCUCAGGCCCAGCAAGCUCAGAUGGGAGGCUACCAAGUUCCACAAGGUGCCUACUGA